AGGCAAUCCAAAUCUGCUUAGCUGGGAGGUAGAAUUGAAAGUUCUGCUCUUCAAAAGUCCAGGUAUGGCCAGUCAUCCCCCAAUACCUAUCUUGGAACUUGCAGAUCACAUUGAAAGAUUGAAAGCAAAUGACAAUUUGAAGUUCUCACAGGAGUAUGAGUCUAUUGAUCCUGGUCAGCAGUUCACAUGGGAACACUCUAACCUGGAAGUAAACAAACCAAAGAACAGAUACGCGAAUGUAAUUGCAUAUGACCAUUCUCGUGUUCUACUCUCAGCAAUAGAAGGCAUACCAGGCAGCGACUAUAUCAAUGCCAACUAUAUAGAUGGAUACAGAAAGCAGAAUGCUUAUAUAGCAACUCAAGGGGCAUUGCCAGAAACCUUUGGUGACUUCUGGAGAAUGAUGUGGGAGCAACGGGGUGCAACUGUCGUCAUGAUGACAAAACUAGAGGAGAGGUCCAGGGUGAAGUGUGAUCAAUACUGGCCAAGCAGAGGCACAGAAACUUAUGGACUAAUCCAAGUGACCCUUUUAGACACUGUUGAAUUGGCAACGUACUGUGUUCGUACAUUUGCACUUUACAAGAAUGGUUCAAGUGAGAAAAGGGAAGUGAGGCAAUUCCAGUUCACUGCCUGGCCUGACCAUGGUGUCCCAGAACACCCAACACCGUUCCUAGCUUUCCUGCGACGAGUCAAGACCUGCAACCCACCUGAUGCUGGACCUAUGGUUGUACAUUGCAGUGCUGGAGUCGGCAGGACUGGCUGUUUCAUUGUGAUAGAUGCCAUGUUAGAGAGAAUAAAGCAUGAAAAGACUGUAGAUAUUUAUGGCCACGUAACUCUAAUGAGAGCACAAAGGAAUUACAUGGUUCAGACUGAGGACCAGUACAUCUUUAUCCACGAUGCACUGCUGGAAGCAGUGACAUGUGGAAAUACAGAAGUGCCAGCCAGAAACCUGUAUGCAUAUAUCCAGAAGCUGACACAGAUAGAAACAGGCGAGAAUGUCACAGGAAUGGAACUGGAAUUUAAGCGUCUUGCUAGCUCUAAGGCUCACACUUCAAGAUUCAUCAGUGCCAAUCUUCCAUGUAAUAAAUUCAAAAAUCGCCUUGUCAAUAUUAUGCCAUAUGAGUCUACAAGGGUAUGCUUGCAGCCAAUCCGAGGAGUAGAAGGCUCCGAUUAUAUUAAUGCCAGUUUCAUUGAUGGAUACAGACAACAAAAAGCUUACAUAGCUACACAGGGUCCUUUAGCAGAAACAACUGAAGACUUCUGGAGAAUGCUCUGGGAGCAUAAUUCUACAAUUGUGGUCAUGCUCACUAAGCUACGAGAAAUGGGCAGAGAGAAAUGCCACCAGUACUGGCCUGCAGAGCGCUCAGCCAGAUACCAGUAUUUUGUGGUAGAUCCAAUGGCAGAGUACAACAUGCCACAGUAUAUUCUGAGGGAAUUCAAGGUUACAGAUGCAAGGGAUGGCCAGUCCCGAACAGUGAGGCAGUUCCAGUUCACUGACUGGCCAGAACAAGGAGUGCCAAAGUCUGGAGAAGGAUUUAUUGACUUCAUAGGCCAAGUGCAUAAAACAAAAGAGCAGUUUGGUCAGGAUGGACCAAUUUCUGUCCAUUGCAG